AUGAGUGCAAACGGUGGCACAGCUGAAAGUGGUGGGACAGUGGAACAUGUUUCACGGGAGACGUUCACAUCAAAAGAAACGACUGGCACUAGCACUAGAAGAGAAAAGGGUACUGCUCCAAUAGCAUGUUGUUGUUGCCCUGCAAGGUUUUGCUUGUUGAUCUUUUGUUCCAUCAUUAUUAUGUGGAAUGUCGCCUACAUGGAACUCAACUGGAACCUGAUCUAUCCGGCUGUGAUUAUUGUUGCUGGAGCGCUGGGCAUGAUUGGGGCAAUCCUCAAGAAGUCUGGCCUUCUUAGAUUCUUGGUCAUCGUAUACUCUAUACUUGCUAUACUCAAUAUCGCCUCGGGUGUUAUUUUGAUAAUCGUGAUUUCUCAAGAAAAGGGUUACAUUGUGGAGACAUCAAAAAAUCUAAUAUUUAUUGUAGUAGUCGCUGGAGUGAAUGCUGCCAUUUUGCUCUACAUUUGUAACAUGUCCGGCAAGCUUGCAAGAUAUUACGCUACAUGA